AUGGUUCGAAUUGGGGAAAAAUCUCUGCUUUUCUACCUGAAACAAGUUAGGAAUUCUAUUACUCUGAUUCACUCUCCUGUGAGGUCUAAAGGGCCUUAUGUGGCCUUCUGGGAUCUUGCAAAUAAUAAAGGUUCCCUUAAAGUUGCUUAUCUCUUGUGGAAAAUUGCUCAUGAGAGAUUAUUCACAAAUGAGGAAAUAUUCAAUAGAGGAAUGACUAACUCCUUUGAUUGCCCUAGGUGUGGAGAGGAUCCUGAAACUAUCAUGCAUGUUCUUAGAGACAGUUUCUUUGCUAGACAGUUACAGUUUGAUUAUAGCUCUCAUUCCAGACUGGUUUUUGAUCCUGGAUUGGCUAGAUGGUCUCUCCCUCCUACUGACCAAUUCAAAUUAAAUGUAUAUGGAGCUGUUUCAAGGACCAAUGAAGUUACUGCUUGUGGAGGUUUGAUCCGUGACAGCCAUGGCAGGUUUAUCAUGGGAUUCUGCAAUAGCCUUGACCCCUGUUUCCCCCUCACAACUAAGCUCUGGGGCAUCUUCCUAGGUAUUCAGAUGGUUGUGCAGAUAAGGACUCUUUAA